CUCAGCCCCGCCCAGAAGCAGGCUGGCGCCCCUCGGUGUGCGUCGGGAGGCGGGGCCCAGCGGACACUGCUGCUCGCCUGCAGCCAGCGGGGUCGGCUAGUGCUUGGCAGAGCCCAUCGAGAUGUCCGCGCUGAGGGUCACCCGGGUUCUUCGAAGCAUUGCUCAGUGUGGCUGGAGGUCACAAUCUAGUCAAGUUGCUGAAGCGUCACAUCACAUUAAAUCUGGAGCUGGCUUUAGUUUUGAGCUCAGUGAUGAACAGAAAGAGUUUCAAGCUACUGCUCGUAAAUUUGCUAGAGAGGAAAUCAUCCCUGUUGCUGCACAGUAUGACAAAACUGGAGAGUAUCCUGUUCCCCUUAUAAAACGUGCAUGGGAACUUGGUCUGAUGAAUUCACACAUACCAGAAAGUUGUGGUGGACUGGGCCUUGGCACUUUUGAAGCAUGCCUUAUUACAGAAGAACUAGCUUAUGGAUGUACAGGGGUCCAAACUGCUAUUGAAGCGAAUUCCUUGGGACAAAUGCCAGUCAUCAUUGCAGGAAAUGAGCAACAGCAGAAGAAAUAUUUGGGGAGAAUGACUGAGGAGCCAUUGAUGUGUGCCUACUGUGUAACAGAACCUGGAGCAGGCUCUGAUGUGGCAAGUAUAAAAAUGAGAGCUGAGAAGAAAGGAGAUGAAUAUGUCAUAAAUGGUCAAAAGAUGUGGAUCACCAAUGGUGGCAAAGCUAACUGGUAUUUUGUGUUAGCUCGUUCCAAUCCUGAUCCGAAAGCCCCUGCCAGCAAAGCCUUUACUGGAUUUAUUGUGGAAGCAGACAGCCCUGGAAUCCAAAUUGGAAGAAAGGAGAUGAAUAUGGGUCAGCGCUGCUCAGAUACAAGAGGUAUUGUCUUUGAAGAUGUGAGAGUGCCCAAAGAAAACGUUCUAAGUGCUGAGGGAGUUGGUUUUAAAAUUGCUAUGGGAGCUUUUGAUAAAACUAGACCUCCAGUAGCAGCAGGUGCUGUUGGGCUAGCACAGAGAGCAUUAGAUGAAGCUACGAGGUAUGCUUUGGAACGAAAAACCUUUGGAAAACCAAUUAUAGAGCACCAAGCAGUGUCCUUCAUGCUGGCUGAAAUGGCAAUGAAAGUGGAACUAGCAAGACUGGCUUGCCAAAGGGCUGCGUGGGAGAUUGAUGUGGGUCGCAGAAAUACUUACUUUGCAUCCAUUGCCAAGGCAUUUGCUGGUGACAUUGCAAACCAGCUAGCUUCAGAUGCAGUCCAGAUUUUUGGAGGAAAUGGGUUUAAUAGUGAAUAUCCUGUAGAAAAACUAAUGAGAGAUGCCAAAAUCUAUCAGGGAAGCAAAAUAAGAAAGAGGGCCUCCCAUUUCAUCUUUGAGUUUAUUCCUUGGUCUGGAUUGAGGAGCCAUUUUGUCAGUGUCCCUUGGGCAGCUCAGUUUUUGCACAAGCCAGCAAUGGAUAAGACAACUGAUGUCUGUAAUCCUAGGCUCUGAAAUUCAUCUUCUAGUGAUGCUCUUGAGCUUUCUCUCGUGAUUAUUUGCCAGUCCAUGAAGUGUGUAACAUUAACUCUCUCAUCCAGAAAAUGAACAGCAUUUAUCUACAGCUGAUAGACAAGGUCUACAUCCUUCAGAAAAGUGUUACUCUGGUAGUGAGAUUAGUGUGUCAAGAGGCUUUUUUAAAAAGAGAGAUUCUGUCUUGGACUAUUCAAAAUACACGUAAUGGUCCAGAUUCUCCCCUGUGGUAUGGCUGCUUCGUAGCAUAGUAGUAUCCUCCAGCAGCACAAAAGCAGGUUUAGACUAAGGGGUAUGUGGCUGGGACUUUCCUGUGACCUCUGGCUGCUCAAACAGCCUUUCAGGUCCAUUGGCGGCUGGUGAGAGUUAGAGCAGCAUCUUAGCUUCUCUGACUCACACCAGGGAACCAGCUCAAGAUAAGAGGAGCACAACUAUGGCUUUGCAUUCCCCAAGUUUAGCUGUGGCACACACAGCCAGCCAAGGAUUGGGGCUCAGAUCUUGUUCCAAUUCCAUAUGUGUGUGUGUUUCCUUUGCCAAUGAAUCUAUAAAUAGUGUUAUGGGACCAUCUAUUGGAAGGAAACAGGAAAGAGUUCUGAAAAUCCAGCCCAAUUACACAAGUCUCAGACAAAACAUCCUCCCUUCCAGUUCUUUACUGUCUCUACAGAAAAGCACAGUCCACUCAAGCUCUGUCCCAGUACCCUCUCUGGUCUCUGAGUGUACCCCUUCAGGUUCAGACAUCAUUCCAUUACCUUUCCUGGACUGUAAUCCCACAAUUUUCCCACUCUUAGACUGGGCCCUGGGCUACUGUACCCUGUGAUGCCCUGUGUAUAAGCUAUGCUUACCCAGCAGGUCUGACUGGGUUUAACAGUUCUUUCCUUUGAGAGUCUCUGAUCAGUGGUGAAUAUUGUGACCAGACAGCUUGUUAAGAACAGGUUUCAAAGUAGCAGCCGUGUUAGUCUGUAUCCACAAAAAGAACAGGAGUACUUGUAGCAGCUUA